CCCCGGAUGUGUUUGUGAGCGCUUGUGUUUCUGCAUAGAAGGAGGAGGAGAUGCCUCUACCCGUGCAGGUCUUUAACUUUCAGGUUGGUGUCGAUGAACUUACAUCACUUUCACAGUUUGUUCACCUAGUCACCGAGUACAGUGCAGACAAUUCAGAAAGGUUAUGUGUGCAUUAGCCAAGGAAAGUUCUAUGUCAGGGACAGGGGGUGUAGAGCAAGCUCAGGAAAGGAUCAGGGAUAGCUCUCCUCCCAGCUCAGCCUCUUCCUCAGUGACAGACCUUUUCUGCACUCCCCACAGCAGUAGGUCUGACCUCUUCCUUUCCUAUACUGCGGGGGACAGCGUCCUUAGCGCCAGCCUAUCAGCCUGUGCGCUGCUACCAGAGGGGGCUGUGGAGCCCAUGCAAAUAGAUGCUGACCCGCAGGAAGACCAGCAGAAUGCACCUGAUACGAAUUAUGUUGUGGAAAAUCCAACACUGGAUCUGGAGCAGUAUGCUUCCAGCUACAGCGGGCUAAUGAGGAUUGAGAGGCUGCAGUUUAUUGCUGACCACUGUCCCCAGCUGCGUGUUGAAGCUCUCAAGAUGGCUCUCUCUUUCGUCCAAAGAACGUUUAAUGUUGAUGUCUAUGAGGAAAUCCACCGCAAGCUUACUGAAGCUACUAGGGAUGUUCAGGGAGUUCCGGAUGCAGUUCCAGAGGGUGGGGUAGAGCCCCCUCCUCUUGAUACAGCCUGGGCCGAGUCCACAAGGAAAAAAGCUCUACUCAAACUGGAGAAACUUGACACAGACCUGAAAAACUACAAGGGAAACUCCAUCAAAGAGAGCAUCAGGAGGGGUCAUGAUGACCUGGGAGAUCAUUAUUUAGACUGUGGUGACCUCAGCAAUGCCUUGAAAUGUUAUUCCCGAGCCCGAGACUACUGCACUAGCGCCAAACACGUCAUCAACAUGUGUCUUAAUGUAAUCAAGGUUAGUGUUUACCUCCAGAACUGGUCCCAUGUCCUUAGCUAUGUCAGCAAGGCUGAAUCCACUCCAGAAAUAGCAGAGCAAAGAGGAGAAAGAGACAGUCAAAACCAGGCAGUCCUCACCAAACUAAAAUGUGCUGCAGGCCUGGCGGAGCUAGCCUCUCGAAAAUACAAACAGGCCGCCAAGUGCUUCCUGCUGGCCUCAUUCGACCACUGCGACUUCCCCGAGCUUCUAUCCCCUAGUAACGUAGCAGUUUAUGGUGGUCUAUGUGCACUGGCUACUUUUGACAGACAGGAACUGCAACGGAAUGUCAUUUCUAGCAGCUCCUUUAAAUUAUUUUUAGAACUGGAGCCUCAAGUUCGUGACAUUAUCUUUAAGUUUUACGAGUCAAAGUAUGCAUCUUGCCUGAAAAUGCUGGAUGAAAUGAAGGAUAACCUUCUGCUAGACAUGUAUCUGGCACCACAUGUAAGGACACUGUACACGCAAAUCAGAAACAGGGCUCUUAUACAGUACUUCAGUCCCUAUGUGUCAGCAGAUAUGAACAAGAUGGCGAUCGCCUUCAACACCACAGUGGCGGCUCUGGAGGAUGAACUGACACAACUGAUUCUGGAGGGCUUAAUCAAUGCAAGGAUCGACUCUCAUAGCAAGAUUCUGUAUGCAAGGGAUGUGGACCAGAGAAGCACAACUUUUGAAAAGUCUCUACAGAUGGGAAAAGAAUUCCAGAGACGAGCAAAAGCCAUGAUCCUGCGGGCUGCUGUGCUGCGUAAUCAGAUUCACGUCAAGGUAACAGGGUCCCCAGGUCCCCUCCAAGAGAAGGUAGCCAAGGCGAACUCACACCUGCCAACAGCCAAACACGAAUGAGCACCAACAUGUGAAGAUUUUAAACCGGAUGCCUCUCUAAGGAAAAGUAAAUGGGGUCUUCAAGGUAUCCCCACCACUGACCCUAUUAGAAAUCAUUUUCCCUGUUGGAGUAACAAAAAUACAAAAAGACUUAAAGUGGGAAGACGAAGUGUGUUAUAUAGAUUGAGGACAAAAAACAGAGCCUGUCGCUCAAAUAAAAAUGUGUUAGAAAAGAAAAAGGUUACAGCUCUCAAGCUGUAUUGUCCCAUUGUUCUUUGUAAGAUGCACUUUCCUUUGUAUCUUGUGACAAACACAUUGAAAAACCUCAUUUACUGAAGUGCACAGAACAAGAUAAUUGAUUUUAAAUUCCGUGUAAGUAUACAUGAACAUUGGGGAUCUUUGGCAGGAUUUUCUUUUCCUUUUCAUUCAUCUUAAGGGUAUGCUAUGGAUGGUAUAGUAAGUCGCCAGUACUAGCCAUCCCCAUAUUCAAGCUGUUUGUAUAAGGAAAUAUUUAAGAAGCCUUCCAAAUAAAGCGUCUCUGUUCCUUAGGCUAAUAUUUUUGUGUGUUUUAUCUUCUAUUAAGCACAUGAAAAGCUGGUUUUACUGCAUUGUCAAUUCAGGGGAGUUUUUUUAUGAUGGGUUUCUUCAUGAGUGUCUUUGUUUUGGUAUUCAUUUAGUUACAUCAUCAAGCAUGUUGAAAAAUCAAUUACAGGGUCUUGUAGGUCACAGCAAAUGGUCACAGCAAAUAGUGCUGAACAAGUUAUAGCUAAAAAGGCUGUAAAAAUAGAUUAGAAAGGUAUUCAGGAUGUAGUGUGACAUAGUGAUGGAGGACUCUGGAGAGGUACCAUAUUAUUUUCGUUGAUCUUUACACUUAAAAUGGAAUGCUAUGCACUUUGCAUUUAAUUAUUUUCAGAGUGCUAAAGGUAUUAUUUUUAAGAAGGACUUGAGAAAAUUGAAACCCUUAGAUUUUAUUUUUGUUCAUUACUAUUUUUUUUAACUUUUUUCCUGAAUGGUUUCUUUAAUUUUUAAUUUUGCUUUGACAUUGUAACCCAAAAUGUCUCAGACACACGCUUUAAAACUCGUAAGAGUUUUUCUCCUUUUCCGAAGCGAGCAAGGUUAUUGUGCUGAUCACAUCUUCCAGAAUAAUCAAAUCUCAUGUUCGUGUCAAGCUUUACUGAAAUCUGCCUGAUCUUGAAAAGAGGUUCUUUAUAAUGGGUAAAAGGAAAUCCAGUUGUUUUGGGUUACUACUGCACAGUCAGGAUAGUCUGUUAAAAAUUCAGUUGCAUAACAGUCUAAUCCAUUUUAAUCUUUACUACAAGAUUCGUUAUGGACUAGCCCAGUGUGAAAAAGUUGUAGAUAUAGCAACAGAGUUCCUGGCAGUAGAGUCAGAAGUAUAAAUUAAGAUUUAACCUUUUCUCUUAAACAGUAAGGAUUUUUUUUUACAUUGUGAUAUUAUUUUUGGAAAAGUAGCAAGUUAAAGGCUAUAUUAAUUUGAACAAAGCAGUGAGUCUAUAAAGUGUUUUUGUUCAUUUCAAAACCUGAUUUUUCUGAUUUCAGAGAUUUUCAAAGGCUUUUGGUUUGGGCUGUGAAAAAGAAUAUUUAACACAAUAUUUAACAGUUGUACAUGGAAUGCCAUGCCCUUUGGGGUUCUCAUAUUUUUAUAUAUGUAUUUGUUUUCUUUACUUAACAUAUAAUUGCACUCGUUGGUAGUCUUGAUUUCUGAAGAAGAGUUCCAAGACAACAGUUCAUUCCAACAAGCCUGUGUGUCCGUUGCUUUUAAAAUUAGAAUUUGAUUUUCACUUGUGUCAAGUGAAUUGAGGCCAUCUGUUGAUUAAAAGAAACCUUCUAAACA